ACGAACACUUUUCUUAAGCUUCUCCAUUUUGUUCUCUCAUCAUUAUAUCCUGUUGAGUUUCAAUCAUCUACAUAGUUUCCCAUAACUAGAAUCACUUACAAAUAAUCAAUCAUCAACAAACACAAACUUAAGAUCCUAUAUUCCAUUUGCUUUCUUCAAUUCAUCCUGUUAGUUUUUUUCGUUUCUUGAAAUCAUUUACUUGUUAUUAUGGCGUUGGAAGAGAUCUUCGUUACCGGUGCCACAGGGUUCAUGAAAAAAUUGGUUGCUGUUGCUUCCACAAAAAUUGGUAGGACUGGGGCUAUAGAUAAACAUCUGCAAAAGCUUAAGGAUAGUUUGGAGAUGAUCGCGGCUGUAACAUCUGAUGCUGAAAAGAAGCAGUCGUCAAGGAUCAUCUAAAACAGCAAGAAUUACUUUGGAGACAUAUUAGACCUCAACUGAAUAAAAUAGAAGCUGUCGCAAGUGCUCCAGUUGUAAACAAUGAAGUGGGAAGGCCAAAGAGCUGAAUUUGAAUCAAUCGAUUUCCUGCACAGUGGAGAUGGGAAAGUGCUGUCCUGGGCUCUUGCUUCUUCUUACUUCUUAUUCUCACUCGACACAAUGUAAGUGACCAAGAUAUACACGUCAUAAAUGAUUGAUUGUCACUGAUUCGUGUGCUCAUUACAAUGUCAUAUGUUACCUUAUUGCUUCUAUUAAACCAGUUUAAAGAAGGCUAACCUUACCCUUUCCAAUCAUCACUAGGGCUGCAUUAACGAGUAAGUACCAGUGUCUAUCGUAUACUUUCAUGAAUAUUUGUAUUAUAAAACAACUGAACACCUCGUAGUGACAAGAGUAAGAUUAUCUCCAUAGCCAUUGAUCUUGCAAACUAGUUAGGCUUUGAUUACAUGGCAUUUAUUCCUUUUUGUUUAAUGUCAGGGAACUUCCACCAACGUCAAUUAGUCCGCCAAGGUGGUCGAGAAACAAAUUAAAUCCCUGGAUGAAAAGACUCGUCCCAGUUCAGUUGACCGAGAAAAAUAAAAAAUAAAAAUCUCUGGUCACCCGAUAUGAUAUUUUAGCUUCUUCUUCUAUGGAAAAUUCAGAGUAAUCAAUCGAGUCUCUGGAUCUGCGGAGGUAGCAUGUUUAUCUUGAUCUUUGUUACCGGUGCCACAGGGUUCAUGAAAAGAUUGGUUUAUGUUGCUGCCAAAAAAAUUGGAAAAGCUGGGGCUAUAGAUAAAGAUCUGGAAAAGCUCAAGGAUAAGCUGGAGAUGAUCGGGGCUGUAACAUCUGAUGCUGAAAAGAAGCAGGUGAAAGACAAAGUCGUGCUGCUCUGGUUGAGAAGGCUCCAAGACGUUGCAUAUGACGUUGACGACCUUUUGGAUGAAAUUUCUUACGAAGUUAUGCGUGGAAACACAGAGAAGGUAACAAUCCCAUCUAAAGUUGUAUUUGGUUUGGAAAUAGCAGAAAGAAUCAAAACCAUUAAUCAUGAAUUAGAUGGAAUUGCUAAGGACAACGCUAUGUUUCAGUUGGAGCAUAGCGUUGAAGCUGAUCAAAGUAUUGAUCAAUUAGACCGAACGACACAUUCUUUUAUAGGUGAUUUUAAAAUUGUUGGUAGGGAGAAAGAUACAUCUCGCAUACUAGAAACCUUGUUGAUGAUUGACCCUUCAUCGUCAUCAUCUGCUAAUUUUAGUCCACAAGUCAUUUCAAUAGUGGGUAUGGGGGGAAUUGGGAAAACGACCCUGGCGCAAUCGGUAUACAAAGACAACUCCAUUGAGAGAAGCUUUGAACCAAGAGCGUGGGUCUGUAUUUCCGAUGAUUUUGAUAUCUUUCUAAUUUUAAGAAAGAUUCUAGAGUCCUUCACUGGAGAAGCAUGUGCCUUGUCUAAUGUCCAUGUUUUGGUAAGGAAAGUCCAUGAGAAGAUUAGUGGGAAGAAAUAUCUGUUAGUAUUAGACGAUCUAUGGAACGAGAAUGCCGAAGACUGGGAGAAACUCAAAGGUUAUUUGAGCGGGGGUGCUCAAGGGAGCAAGAUACUAGUAACUACCCGUAAAGAAAAGGUUGCAUCUAUUGUUAGGGGUACAAUUCCACCAUACAAUCUUACAACCUUAUGUAAUCAAGAAUGCUGGUUAAUUAUUAAGAAUAGAGCCUUUUCUCCUGGCGGAGCAGUUGAAACUCUAACUAUGUCAAACAUAGGAGAGGAGAUAUCUAGAAAAUGUGCUGGUUUACCACUAGCAGCUAAUUUUCUCGGCGGUCUUAUGCGCUUGAAAAGAAAGGAAUCCGAUUGGUUGGCAAUUAGAGACGAUGACGUUUUCAAUACACCUGAAAAUCCAAACAGGAUUAUACUAAUAUUGAAAUUGAGUUAUGAUCAUUUACCAUCCCAUUUGAAAAAGUGUUUCUCAUAUUGUUGUUUAUUUCCCAAAGAUUGGGAAUUUCAUAGAGAAACAUUGAUUCGCCUGUGGAUAGCCGAAGGAUUCAUUCAUCCAUCUACUGGAGGAAAUCAAAACUCACUCGAAGCUAUUGGUAAUGAUUACUUCCUUAGUUUGCUGUCUAGUUCUUUCUUUCAAGUUGUAUACAAAGAUGACAUAUUAGGUGACAUUGAAUCGUGUAAAAUGCAUGAUUUAGUGCAUGAUCUUGCGCUAAGUGUAGUUGGCAGUCAUGAAUUCGCAACUCUGAAUACAAGUGAAAUGGAAAAUGAAGUAUCUCAAGUUCGUCGGCUACGGUUAAUCAUGAAAGGAAAACCACCAAUUUUGUUUGAUGCAUUAAACAGUGCAACAAAAUUGCGCACGAUUUUUAUCCAAAAAGAAGGUUUUUUUUUUCCUAGUCAACUGAGUAACAAGCGUCCUCGUGUAAUACAUCAGCUAGUUGGUGCUGGUACUUUUUGGAUAACUACUUCUAUUACUUCUAUAUCUUUUUCGGCUUUCAAGUUCAAACACAUAAGGUACCUUGACCUCAGUUAUUCUAAUUUUGAAGAUGUUCAUGCUGAGUCCAUUUAUCAACUCUACCAUCUCCAAACUCUCGACCUUUCUUUUUCCAAAAAUGUUCAAAACAUUCUUAGAGAAGGAAUUGGUUCUUUGAUUAAUUUGCGACAUCUAAAUCUCCAUUGUUCAGACGCCAUACUUCUACCAGAUUCUGUUACGAUGCUCACCAAUUUGCAGAGUUUAAAUAUCUGGGGUUGUGAGGAUAUUAGUGUGUUACCCACAAAUAUUGGGCAUCUCCAAAAUCUAUCAUCCCUUAAUAUUUCAUCUACACGUAUCUCAGAGAUACCCGAUUCAACCACUCUCCUCUCUAAUUUAACGGAGUUCGAUUGCUUCGAUUGCUUGAAACUAACAUCACUACCUCUUAAUUUUGGAGCUUUGACACAACUAAGGUCACUUGACUUGAAAGGUACUGAAAUAACAGAAUUGCCCGAGUCUUUGACCAGCAAUAUCUGUAAAUUAGAGUCUGUGAGUUUUGAAUUUGGUUUCAAGCUUCCCAAAGACAUAAAGAAUUGGGUGGAACUGAGAGGUUUGGAGUACAAGGGAGGUAAAGAUGAUGUAAUAAUGCCAAGAGGUAUUGAAAAGCUAACUCGCCUUGAAGUAUUAUUGCCUUACCUGGUGAGCAAAGAAGAUGUCUCCAUUGAUACCUGCAGCUAUAUUUCAAGUACUUCUUCUAUCCAUGAAUUAGCAGAUCUGAACUCUCUUCGGAAGUUAGAGAUAUGGAAUCUAGAGAAUGUGAGUGGGGGUAAAACGGAGGCAACGAGGGCAAAGUUAAAAGACAGGAAAAACAUUCAAUAUUUGAAGCUACAAUGGGGACGCAAUAUAAAAGAAGAAGAAGUGGUUGUUAAUAAUUCUUUUAUGGUACUGGAAGGUCUUCAACCUCACCCGCAUUUGGAGGAAUUGUCUAUCCAAGGUUUCCCUGGUUUAAAGCUUCCGAAGUGGCUGAGAUCAUCUUCUUGUCUUCCUAAUUUAGUGAAAUUGGAGUUUUACGACUGCGACAGUUGUACAAAAUUAGUAGGCCUGGGUCAACUCCCUUGUCUCCAGGUACUUCAAAUAGAAUAUAUGGAUUCAGUCAAGUGUUUAGGUGAGGAGUUUUAUUACCAGAAAGAAGAAGAAGACAACAAAGCUUCUGAAAAUGCAAUAUCUACAACAAGAACAUUAUUCCCUUCCUUAACCAAGUUCACCAUCCAUAAGUUGGAAAAUCUAGAAGAAUGGUUUGCACCUGAUAAUUCCUUCCCUUGCCUUGAGAAAGUAGAGAUCAGUGAUUGCGAUAAUUUGACAUCUAUACCAGAUUUACAAUUAUGGACCUCUCAUCUCAGAAUAUUAACCAUAAGGGAUUGCCGAAAAUUGGAAAAGGAACCUAUGAGAUAUUAUUUCAAAAAAUACCUCCCGUCUGUUGAAUUCAUAACACCUGCUGGUUACUUCUCCGAUGAUUCGAUGUUCUCCUCCGAUGAUUCGAUGUAGGAGUAGAAGUAAAUCAACUUGCUUAGCUACAAUUUAUAUCAACCAAUAACACCAAUAAAUAGGAUUCAAUUUGAACUUGUCAAGGUUAAAAUACGUGCGUCGCGAGGUGGAUGAGUCUAUUGUCCUAUCUUCUUCCUUGAACAACAACAUUAAGAAUCUACAUUUCAGUUUUGUAUUUUUAAAUUUCCUUAAAAGAGUCUAAUGUUUUGGACUCUUUUCCUGCUCUUUCAAUUGUGUAGUUUUUCCCUGUUCUGGGUUUUUUAUUCAAGUUAUCUUUGAUUCAGA